AUGGGCAACCCAGCAUUAUCGUCCUCCAACGUCAACGGGGUCUACAUUCCCUCUGUUCUACUUCUGGUCGGAGUCGCAAUCGUUAAGAAAGAAUGGGUGCCUUACGCUGCGGUAUUCGCUGCUGUUGUGGGAGGUUACAAGAUUUUUGCUUCGGGACCGUCAACCAGAAAGGUCCUGAAACCGACUGAGUUCCAGGAGUUCACCCUGACGGACAUCAAAAAAACCUCGCACAAUGUCGCCAUCUACCGCUUCGGCUUGCCCAACCCCACCGAUAUCCUGGGCCUGCCCAUCGGCCAGCACAUCUCUCUCGCGGCCACCCCCAAGGGCGCUGAUAAAGAAGUGGUACGAUCAUACACGCCGAUCUCCUCGGACGAAGACAAGGGUUUCUUCGAAGUCUUGAUCAAGUCAUACCCUCAGGGCAACAUCAGCGCGCAUAUGACCACCUUGAAGGUUGGGGAUACCAUGAAGGUGCGUGGGCCGAAAGGAGCUAUGGUCUACACGCCCAACCUCUCCAGACAUAUCGGCAUGAUAGCCGGCGGAACAGGGAUCACUCCUAUGCUUCAGAUCAUCCGCGCCAUUAAUCGCGGCCGGCCCCAGAAUGGAGGAAACGACACCACCAAGGUGGAUUUAAUCUUCGCCAACGUCAACCCCGAAGACAUUCUGUUGAAGGAAGAGAUCGACGCUCUGGCCAGAGAUGAUCCGCAUUUCAACGUCCACUACGUCCUCAACAACCCGCCCGAAAAGUGGGAUGGCGGAGUCGGAUUCGUGACUGCAGACAUGAUCAAGGAAAAGCUUCCCGCUCCGGGCCCCGACGUGAAGAUUCUCGUCUGUGGGCCUCCUCCCAUGGUGAGCGCGAUAAAGAAGGCCACCGAAGGUCUGGGAUACCAAAAGGCUCGUCCCGUCAGUAAAUUGGAGGAUCAAGUUUUCUGUUUCUAG